UUUUGUGAGAAACGGUGUGAUUUAACCAAAAGAAAGAAAGGUAGAUCUGAUUGGUAGUGAUAGAAAGAAAGAGUGAAGAAGAAGAAGAAGAAUGGAUGGACCUGCAGAGAAUGAUUUUUGCUCGGUUUGCCAUGGAAACUUCAACGUUCCUUGUCAAGCCAACUGCUCUCACUGGUUUUGCGGUAACUGCAUAAUGCUUGUUUGGCAACAUGGAUCCACAUUUCAACCAUGUAAAUGCCCUUUAUGUCGUCGUCAGAUUACUUUAUUGGUUCCUACUCAGGCUUCAGUAAGUGAUCGUCAUAACCCUUCUGUUGCUAACACUCUGCAACAGCUUGAAACUUACAAUCGCCUUUUUGGGGGCCGCACCAAUGGUCUUAUCCAGAGAAUGCAAGACCUUCCUUUUCUUCUGCGGAGAUUGUUACGGGAACUGGUAGAUCCUCAGAGAUCACUUCCUCUUGUCAUCAGAGCCCGUGUUUAUAUUACAGUUAAGGCACUGAGAAACCAUGCAAGUAAUUUUGGUAGUAUUUUGUAUCUCAGUUAA